AUGCUCUCCUUCCCUCCUCCUCCUCCUCCAUCAACAAUGAGCCCCCCAAUCCAAAUUCCCCCAGGAAUCCCCCAGACAUCCCCAACAUCUCCCACCUUCGACAUCGUCCGCUGUUCCCGCUGCCAGCAAUCUCUCAGUCUGAGCCAAUCAGGCUCCACCGCCGUCCAAUUCGGCAUGAACUCCUACUACUGUAAUCGCUGUGCCUCGAAAGUCGGGUUCAGCGGAUGA